AUGGGUCUGCAACAGUGCCUUGAUGUACAGGUACAAUACACUGCUGUAGGUACAGGUACAAUACACUGCUGUAGCUCAUCAUUUCAGAUACUUGAGUCUGGAACUGCAAACUUUGCCAACAUCACAGCAGCUCAGAAAUCCCCACUAGCUAAAUUGCUCUUCAGAAUUGAAGGUGUCCAAGGAGUGUUCUUUUCAACAGACUUCAUCACUUUAACUAAGGAUGACGAGGAAGCAGAGUGGCGGACUAUUAAACCAGAAGCCUUCGCUGUCAUCAUGGACUUCUUUGCCUCGGGUCUUCCAGUUAUACAUCAAGUUGACCAAAGAGAGAAUGACCAUGCUGGGUGCGACGACGAAGACGACGAGACGGUGGCCAUGAUUAAGGAACUUCUUGACACACGGAUUAGACCCACCGUACAGGAAGAUGGCGGCGAUAUUCUCUUCCGGGGAUUUGACGACGGAAUAGUCUAUCUUAAGGUAACGUACACGAGUACACUUAAUAUAAUACAGUGGUCCCUCGGUUAACGAGCACAAUCCGUUCCAGCAGGUUGCUC